AUGCCGCAGCUCACAGAGCCAGCAAAUCUCCCGCCAGCUCCAUUCAACCAAACCGGCGCCGUGUUCGUCAAUUCCACUCUCCGCGAAACCCUGCACAUGACCGUUGGCGCCUCGCAAAUCCGCCUCAAGAUCUCCAACGUGUUCGGCGUGACCAACCUGCCCAUCACCGCGGUGACCAUCGCCCUGCCCGUGAACGGCAGCGCAGGCGUCCACCAAAUCGUACCUUCCACCCUCCAAAAAGUAACCUUCUCGGGCAAAUCCUCUAUCUCGAUACCCAACGGCGCACUCGCUGUGUCGGACCCUCUAAAUUUUGAGAUCAAACCCCAAAGCAUGCUCACCGUCUCCAUCUACCUCGCCACAGGCCAGACGACGAACAGCAUCACCUCGCACCCCGGCAGCCGCACGACGUCAUUCUGGCAGUUCGGCGACGCUGUCUCUGCGCCUGCACUGGAUAUAUCGAACGCGGCCACGCAAUCUGCGGCGCACUGGUACUUCGUCUCCGCGGUGGAGGCCUGGGUCCCGCCUUCCACGGGCACACUGGCUAUAAUUGGCGACUCCAUCACCGACGGCCGCGGCAGCACUACGGACAAGAACAACAGAUGGCCCGAUCUGCUGCUUGCGCGGCUGCAGAAGAAUUCGAGGACAGCGAAAAUUGGGAUUGCGAACAUGGCGGCUGGCGGGAACCGCGUGUUGGCGGACGGGCUGGGGCCGAACGCGUUGGGCAGGGUGGAGAGGGAUGUGCUCAGCCAUCCCGGCGUCAAGUACGCCAUGGUGUUUGAGGGCGUCAACGACAUCGGGACUGCGGACGUCACGCCCGCGGCCCAGAAUGCAGUGUACGAAGGCCUGACGCAAGCGUACGCACAGAUGGUCACCCGCAUGCACGCAUUCGGCAUCCCCGUCUUCGCAGCCACCAUCACGCCGUUCAGCGCACCCGCCAACUUCACCGGGCAGCCGUACAGCAACGCCGAGCGGGAAAAGACGCGCCAGAAGGUGAACAAGUUCAUCAGGGAGAGCGGGACCUUCGACGCCGUUGUGGACUUUGACAAGAUGCUUGCGGAUCCGAAGAUUCCGAGUCAGUUGGCCGAUGCGUAUGACAGCGGUGACUAUUUACAUCCUAACCCCGCAGGGUAUCAGAGGAUUGCGGAUUUGUUCCCUGUAGAGGUCUUCCGGGAGUGGGAGGGUGGGGCUGAUGAGUUUGCGUGA